UGAUCUUGGUUACUUACUUGACAAGAAAUACCAGACUUAUAUUGUCUUUUAGGUCUGACAGUCCGACUUAAUUCUGACUAUUUUUACAAAGUAGCAAAAAGUAACUCUAUUAUGCAAUAUUCAAGGAAGGCUUUUGAAGCCACAAGCCCACUUGACUGUGCCAGAAAAUGUCAGCUUCAAAAGUGUGCUUCCUUCUCAUUUAGCAAUCACGUCUGCUCCAUUGGCCAGUGUAACUCAACCAACGCUACCUUAGGUCUAAGUCAAGAGAUUUAUGUUUCAUGUUUUAGCAGUGACGGUUUUACUUUCAUCCCUUUUGGUUCUGUUAGCGCAUGCGUGUGGGUGUCAACUAACAUAACAGAUUACAUCACUGCCAGAGAUGACUGCAGAAGCAAAGAUGGCCAUCUGUAUACGUUGAAAACGAUGGACAAGCUGAAAUGGUUACAGACUUAUUACAAUAGAACUAAAAUAUGGAUUGGAUUAAACGACAUCGAUGUAGAAGGAACAUACAGGUGGGAAGAUGACUAUACCGUCUGCAGCCAGAGCUGGAUGAAGCAAAUAUUUGCGCCAGGUGAACCAAAUAACAGGAAAUCAAGUCCAAACGGUGAAGACUGUAUUCACUUUUACCAAAAUGUGCCACUGCUGAAUGAUGCAAACUGUUUGACCAACUAUACCUACAUCUGUGAAAAGCCUUUUUUUAACUUACACUAAUCAACAAUUGUUAUAAUAUCCGCUGUUCGUUUACUCGUGACAAUAUAAACCAAGCGUAUUAAUAUUAACAUUUUAUUGUUUUUUUUUCUUAAUAAACAUGCCAUUGAAAUCUGUGAUUGGAAUAGUUUGUGACUAACAUGGUUGGUUGUUGUAAUAAAACAGCAGUCCAUCACUUUAUACAUUAUUUCAUUUGAAGUCUUAGAUGAGAACUUUUCAAUAGGACUAAAAUGUGUUUAUGUAUAAGAAAUAAUUGUUAAUUGUUCUUUUACAUUUGCUGACAGAAAUAUUGGUUUCUGUUUCUUGUUGGCGUUGUAUUUAUGAACAUUAUAUAGUAAUAUCAUGUAUGUACAAUUAUAAUGUACAUUAUUACUGUGACCCAACAAAACAGCGCCGACAAAAUAGCGCGAAAUUUCCCGACAAAAUAGCGCAAGACAGAAUAGUUCGGCUUUAUAUAUGGUGUGUAUUUUAAUAGAUCUAAACUUAUGUCAUAUUAUCAGAGAAAGAGAGUACUUUCAAACUUUUAUCUCAUUUUCCUUAUUCACCAAUGUUAAAAAUGCAUAACUCGCUAUAAAAAAAAUAUGUUUUUGAAAUGUAGUUAGCCCAGUUCAAGGCUUAGGUAUAUGAUGAUGUGUGUGUUACACAUGUGUGUUAUAGUAUAAUCAGAAAUCUUGAUUAUCUGCGGCAUCUCUAUUUGAUCAAUCCAGGGAGUCUGGUGUCUCAGCAUUGGCAAACUUCGGUGUGUCAGGAUUAGUUAGCUGGAGAUCUUCUUAUCUUUAAAUACUUUCUUCUGGAGAUCUAAAUAAUGUUUGGGCAGAUGGUGUGGGCUAUUGGUAUGACCAUUGGGAGGACAACUAUAUUGGUUUCCAGAGACGAAACCGAAAGGUGACUCCAAUAUUUCCAAUAGCAUUAUGAAAUAGUAGCUAUCGAAUACAAGACAAUCUAACACGAACAAACAAUUUAUUGGAGGGAUGGCACCAUACAUUUCAGCUGUCUAUUGACUGUCAUCACCCCAAUGUCUACAAGAUAAUAUCUCUCACGUCCUCAGAGAACAGGAGAAAACUUAGAACAAGAUUCUGUGGUACAAUGGUGGAGAACGAAGUAAAGCUGCAAGCAAGACAAAGUACCUCCAACUUAACAGACGUCUUGAAGCUAUACAAGCCACUGAUGGAUUUUCUACAUGACAUUGCAUAGAGCUUAACCUUGUAAAAGUUAUGUGUGUGUGUGUGUGUAAAUCUGACAAAUAG